AUGGUACCUUCUGUCUUACGCAACGGCCACUCCACGAGGACUUCAGUGAAGAGGAAUAUGUGUCUUACUAAUGAAAGUGGAAAUGAUGAUACGUGGUUGACUGUAUUUGGUUUUCGUGCGAAUGCUGAUGCUCAAAUCUUGAUCGAUGAUUUUAGUCGCUUUGGAGUGAUAGAAAAAUAUGUGAUUGUCGAUGAAUCGAAUAUAUUUCAUAUAAAAUUUGAAGCUCAUCUUCAAGCUCAACAUGCUCUAAAAAAAACAUGA